AUGGAAUCGACCUAUCAAUCCCUUGUCCAGCGCAUCUUACUCAAGUGGGAUGAGAAAAGGCAAUCUAUGCCCGACACGGCAGCCAAACAUGCCCGCCUCCUCAUCGCCAUCGCAGGGCCACCGGGAUCCGGCAAGACCACCAUCGCCCAGCGCGUCGUCUCUGCCAUCAACACCACCCCUGGGCCCCACCCCAAGUCCGUAGUCAUACCCGCCGACGGCUUUCACCUACCCCUAAAAACACUGCAUGCGCUCCCAAACGCCGCGGAGGCCAUCGCCCGGCGCGGUGCGCCGUGGACCUUUGACGGCCAGGGCGCCGUCGACCUUGUCCACCAACUACGGGCCUCUGCAGGACUACGGCCCGUUUCAGCCCCCACGUUUGACCACAAGGUAAAGGAUCCAGUUCCUUGCGGAGUUACCAUUGAAGCGGAUGUCGAGGUCUGUAUUGUGGAAGGACUUUACCUGCUUUCGGACGAGGAACCCUGGAGUCGGAUUGCAGCGCUGGUGGAUGACCGGUGGCUUGUGAGAGUUGAGCCUGAAUUGGCUCGCAACAGGGUUGCUGCGCGACAUGUUGCAGCUGGGAUUGAAGAUACAAUUGAGAAGGCGUUGUUUCGGACGGAAAGUAACGACAUGGUCAACGGGGAAUUCAUCGUCAGGCACAGCGAGGGCAGGUAUGAUUUGUUGGUUGAUAGCAUAGAGCAACUACCAAACUAG